UGUGUCAGAUUAUAAAUGAAGUUGCGAGUUCGGGAACACCCAGUUCUUGGUCCAUAUGUGGAAGGAUUGAGCCAGUAUGUUGCGACUUCUAAUGAUGAUAUCCAGAAAUGGAUUGAACUUGGCACAAGGGUGAGAGCAACUGCAGCCACCGGAAUGAAUGAUAAGAGCAGCCGUUCGCAUUCUGUAUUUACCAUAGUACUUACACAGACACAGAUGAUUGAACAUCAUGAAACAAGCAAAGUUAGUAAAAUAAAUUUGAUAGAUUUAGCUGGAAGUGAACGAUCUAGCAAGGCUCAAACUUCUGGAGAACGGCUAAGGGAAGGUGCUAAUAUCAAUCGAUCUCUUCACACUUUAGGCAAAGUUAUCUCAUUAUUGUCUGAAAGUUCAAUGACAAUUGGAAGAAGAAAGAGAGUAUUUGUACCCUAUAGAGAUUCUGUCCUUACUUGGCUGUUAAAAGAAAGCCUUGGGGGAAACUCAAAAACAGCAAUGAUUGCAACGAUUAGUCCUUCACUGGAACAUUAUGAAGAAUCUCUCAGCACUUUGAGAUAUGCCCAACAAGCACGUUCUAUUGUCAAUGUGGCAAAAAUUAAUGAAGAUGCUAAAGCAAAACUGAUUAGAGAACUGAAAGAAGAAAUUGAACGAUUGCGCCGUUUGUUGGGUAACAACCCUACCAGCAUGGAAGAGGUUUUUGCUCUACGAGAAAAGCUGAGAGACAAUGAGAAGCUAAUUGAUGAACACUCUCGUACAUGGAAGGAAAGACUAGCUGAUUCUGAACGGCGUCUCCAAGAUGAAUUUCAAAAAUCCCAUUUAUCAGUUAAAAUUGACAAUCGCUUACCAAACCUUGUGAAUCUAAAUGAAGAUCCUCAGCUGUCAGAGAUGCUGCUGUAUAUACUGAAAGAAGGAGUGACUAGUGUUGGCAGGGCAGAAUCUGAAUUGGAACAUGAUAUUGAAUUAGCAGGAGCACUGAUAGAGUACAACCACUGUGUACUUGAGAACAAUGGAACCAAUGUUGCUGUCACUUCAAUUGGUGUGGAAUUUGCUAGUGUUUUUAUGUUAUUGUUGGAACUGUUGUUUAAUCCAGGUGAAGCUAAAACAUUUGUUAAUGGGGAGAUGGUGGACGGCUCUGUGACACUACGACAUGGUGACCGCAUUGUAUUUGGAGGUGAUCAUUAUUUUAGAUUCAAUCAUCCAAUGCCUGUUCGGAAUAGCGAUCGACAAGAACUUUCCAAGCAGUUAUUAGCUGUCAAACAGGGCUUUGAGUUUGCACGAGAUGAAUUAUUUCAAGUGCAGAAUGCAAGGCUGGAAGCUGAAAUUGAAGAGGCACGCAUGAAAGCAAAUGAAGAGGCGUUGGUAGAGAUCCAGGCAGCAAAAGAAGAAGCUCAGAAGCAACUCGAUGAACAAAAAACAGACUUUGAGGAUCAACUAAAGCAUCUUGCUAAGAAAAUGGAAGUCAAUACUAGUGCUUUGGAAGAACAGGAGAGAGGUCGACAAGUGGACAGAGACAAGAUAGCAGAGUUAGAAGUAACAAAGCAAUCAUUGGAAGAUGAACUGGUUGCUAACAAGCAUUUGCUCUAUAUGCACAAACUGACAACUGAGAAGGUCGAAGAAGAGAGACGAGCCAAACAGACAAGAUUGAUUGCAGAUUUGGAAGCUGAGAAACGAAAGAUUGAAGAUGAUGUAGCCAAGUUGAAAAUGAGCAAGUUGCAGCGAGAGAGGACAAAGACAGUUAGAGGAGGAAAGAUAUCAAAUACAAGUGAGCUAAAUAGUUUGCAUGCGGCUUAUUAUCAUCUAAGCAAUGAGCAUUUUUUUCGCUAGUGAGUAGUACCAUAAUGUCCAAACUAGUUUCUGAAAUUGUUAGUGUAAAGUAAGCACUAAAUA